AUGCGUGUCCUCAACCUCGCCUCUCUUACCCUCGCUGCCAUCUCCGGCAUCGAAGCCCGUGCGGGCAUCGACAUUCGUGUCCAAGGCGGUUCAACCAAGAACGCAGCUGGCGCCGUCUUUGCUAUGACCAACGAGCCUACCGGAAACAGGGUCAUCGCUUUCUCUCGCAACGGCGAUGGUUCUUUGACUCAGACCAAGGCGUACCUAACUGGUGGGCGAGGACAGGGCGUUGACUUUGAUACUCAGGGUGGUCUUCAGCUGGAUGCAAAGAACAAGUAUCUUUAUGCUGUUAACCCGGCCGACGAUCUGAUCACCGUUUUUGCUGUUGAUGGCUCGUCUCUCACCAAGGUCCAGACCAUCUACGGAGGUGACCAGCCUCUUAGCAUCACCCUGAGUAAGAACGGAUAUGCCUACGCCCUCACUGGCUCCGUUGCCUCGACUGGCAUCUUUGGCUUCAAGGUCGACGGCAAGACAGGAAAGCUCUCCCCUCUCACCAACGAGACUAUCCCGCUCAGUACCCCUAUCGGUGUCCCUGGUGUGGUAGCUUUUGCCCCUGAUGGUCGAUCCCUGAUUGUCACCAACAAGGUUGGCAGCACAAUCGAUGUCUUUUCCGUCGAUGAGAAGGGCCAAGCCAGCUCCGCACCCGUCACCACCAUGGCCUCCAGCGGCCUCCGACCUUUUGGUGCUGUUUUCAACAACGAGAGCACCUUGUACGUCGUCGAGUCCGGCCUCCCCGCCUUCAAGAAUAGCGCUCUGUCCACCUAUCACCUCAACGGUGGAGAGGUUCCCAGCUUGACCGCCGUCACCAAGGCUGAGCGAAGCGACCAGACCGACGCCUGCUGGGUCGUCGUCACCCCCGACAACCGCUACGCCUACACUGCCAACUUUGUCUCCAACUCUAUCUCUAGCUACGCCAUUUUCAACAACGGAACCACUUCUCUCAUCGAAGGCGAGGCCGCUCUCCCGGGUGAUGGCUCCGAGCCUGUCGAUCUUGCCCUCAGCAGCGACGGCAUGUAUCUUUACAACCUCCUCCGAGGCUCUGGCGCCGUUGUUGCUUACAAGAUCAAGGAAGAUGGUUCGCUUCAGCAGGUUGGUGACGUGUUUGGAAAGGGAAUGGGCCUCAUGCCCGGACUUGGUAAUUCUGGCCUUGCUGCUUUUUGA